UUCUUACUUCGCAGGUCCAUGACAUCAGCUUUGCACAGAUCAAGUGGAGGAAGCUGUUAGAUCAUGAUAUUUUGUCUUAAACCAUAUGUGAAGUUUAUAAGCUCCUUUAUGGGGUAGGAGUGGUAUGAGAUGGUAUUAAAAUUCAACUAUCUAUGGAAAUGGAAGAGAUACCAGAUGAAGUUGGGCUUCUAGAGCAUAGAUACCCCAGUACUGCAUGGUGGCCUUCAGAAUUUGCUGAGAAGUUUGGAUCCGUUUCACUUGAUGGCAAAGAAGAAAUCAUGAGGAAUCAGGAACUAACUGAAAGAGAAUAUAAUGCGUUGUCCUCUCAGACUGCUUCCCAGAUUUUCUGGAAAACUGGAACACUUUCUGAACCAAUACCAAAUGGUUUCUACUCUGUUGUUCCUGAGAAAAGGCUAAAGGAACGUUUUGAAGACAUUCCUACGUUGGAUGAGCUUCAUGCUUUAGAGCUUGAGGGUUUUGGAGCAGAUGUUAUACUUGUGGAUGCCAAGAAAGACAAAAAGCUUACAAUGCUAAAGCAACUGACUAUUACACUGGUGAAAGGUUUGAACGCAAGUCCUGCAGCAAUGAUAAAAAAGAUAGCUGGAUUGGUGUCGGAUGUUUACAAGCGACCAAACUCGGAAAUAAGUCAUGCUAAAGCUGCACUUGAGGAAGCCUCUCAGAUUUCUGACAAUCAAGGUGUCCAGAUGUUGGGUCAAAUAAAACAUAGCUCAUCUCGUUCUCGAGCAAUAUUAUUCAAAUUGCUUGCAGAUACUGUAGGUUUUGAAUGCCGGCUGGUUGUGGGUUUGCCUGCUGAAGGGUCUGAGUGUGCAGAAUCUUAUAAGCACAUGUCUAUACUUGUUGUGCUAAAUUCUGUGGAGCUACUUGUUGACCUUAUGCGUUUUCCUGGUCAACUUAUUCCACGAACAACCAAGGCGAUUUUCCUCACCCACAUGGCUGCUGGGGAGAGUGAUUCUGCAGAAAAUGAUUCCUGUGAUUCGCCUCUGGAGCCUAACAGCCCCCUCUAUGGGUUUUCAGAGAGAAAUGAUACUGAUAGUUCUGAGAAAGAUGACAUCCUCCAGUAUCAGAGGAGAUUUGAAGCUUCUUCAAAUGCUGCAGGACCUUCAUUGAGGAAUACGAUGUUGCGCGCUAACACUUCAAUUGACAGAAAAUUGGGUUUCUCGCAUAGUGCGCCUAAUACUGCUACAACGGUUUGGAGAAGAGGUCGCAGCAAAGUUAUAACAGAACCGAGGACUGCAAGUUCAAGUCCUGAGCAUCCUUCAUUUAGAGCACAUGGACGGUCCAUGCUUAGUGGUGAUAACAGAACUUUCAGAGGUUAUUCAGAUGAUGUUUCUACUUCAAGGUCAGAAGGUGCACCGACAUCAGAAACACGGAGAAUACGAAGAAGAAAAACUCCAGAAAUUGGUGAUGAUGUCGUAAGGGCUGUUAUAGCUAUGAAUGAAGCAUUCAAGCAGAACCGACUCUUGAAAGAGCAAGAAGAAAGUAGUUCAUAUCAUCAUGCCUCAACCAACAGAGAUGGUGCUUCAGAUCUGAAAAAAGAUAUAAGUUCACAGAGAUCAAUGUCAUUACCCUCAUCUCCCCACGAGUUGAGGAGACAGGUUCCAGAAAAAAGUGGGCCAGACAGGAUGAAUGAUGAAUUGGUCUCAACCUGGAACAGGAUUCUAGAAUCACAUAUGUAUCUGAAUAAGCCUCUUCUACCUUUUGAAGAAUGGAAUAUAGACUUCUCAGAGUUGACUGUUGGCACUCGAGUUGGGAUAGGGUUCUUUGGAGAAGUUUUUCGUGGCAAGUGGAAUGGAACUGAGGUUGCUAUUAAAGUUUUUCUGGAGCAAGAUCUUACUGCUGAAAAUAUGGAGGACUUCUGCAAUGAGAUCUCUAUCCUUAGCCGACUUCGACAUCCAAAUGUUAUAUUGUUCCUGGGUGCCUGUGCAAACCCCCCACAUUUAUCAAUGGUUACUGAAUACAUGGAGAUGGGAUCUCUAUAUCAUUUGAUCCAUGUAAGUGGUCAAAAGAACAGGCUUAGCUGGCAGAAGAAGCUCAAUAUGCUUCGGGAUAUAUGCAGAGGGCUCAUGUGCUUACAUCGAAUGAAGAUUGUCCAUCGUGAUUUAAAAAGUGCAAACUGUCUUGUGAAUAAGCGCUGGACUGUCAAAAUUUGUGAUUUUGGCCUCUCAAGAAUAAUGACAGAUGCAUCUAUGAGAGACUCAACGUCUGCUGGUACUCCUGAAUGGAUGGCUCCAGAACUCAUUCGUAAUGAGCCUUUCACAGAAAAAUGUGACAUUUUUAGCUUUGGUGUGAUAAUGUGGGAGCUUUGUACCCUAAACAGACCAUGGGAGGGUAUACCACCCAAUCGGGUCGUUUAUGCUGUUGCCAAUGAAGGAUCAAGGUUAGAGAUACCUGAAGGACCCCUCGGCAGACUAAUAGUAGAUUGCUGGGCAGAGCCAAACGAAAGACCUAGUUGUGAGGAAAUUUUCUCUCGACUUCUUGACUGUGAAUACUCACUAUGCUAAGUGAAUUCAGUUUUCCUUUGUAUAGUGGAAUACAUUGUAGAGGCGUUAAUUGAUGUGCGGCUGAAGUUUUUACUUUCAUAUGAUUUUCUAGUUUAGAAAACAUGUAUGCUUUGCCUGUACUCAAAAUAUAGAAAUAGUCCUGUUUUUAUUGGGAUCAUUUACCCAUUUCUAAUACCAGCAAGCAAUGAUAAGAAGUAAU